AUGGGCGGGCGCCACAAGAGCAGGUCUCCUUCCAUUUCCAAUGAAGAUUUCAACAGGGACCUAAAAUGGUCGAUUGCCAACCAUGACCCGCUGGAGAGGAUCAGAAAACCAGGUGAGACCGAAGAAGACUUUUCUUGGGAGAAUGAAGUGAGCGAAGAAGAACAUAUUAGCGACGAUGAUACAAAUGAAAAAUUUCAAUACGACGACACGGGCAACAUUCUACCCAACUAUGCUGUCAAUGACGAGAAAAUAAACGAGGUGAGUUCCAUCUUGGAGCACUCGAAUUUAAACGACAACUCAACGCUCCGGAAAUUAGAAGAGUUGACUGCUAAUGAACGGGCCUUGGCGGCCGCGCGCAACGCUGGGACCAAGAUUGACCAGGACGUGUUGGACAAGUUGGCCAAUGAUAAGCACAAGUUGACGGGACUGGAGUCGUUGAACUUGAGAAACGCCGAUCAGGAUGCAAAUGCUAGACGACAGAAAUUGGACAAUUACCAGGCUUAUAGGAGGAAGAUUAUCGAACAAGAAAAUGGCGUGAAUGUUUCUGAAAGCGUUUCUCCCACUAGGGAACAAGAUGGCGGCGACUAUAUGGCCCCGUAUACUUCGGCAGUCGAGGAUAAAUUGGACAGCGAGUUUGCCUCGCAGUUGAAUGAAACGAUUAGAGAAGGCGAGAUCGACUCCAACAGGUCGCACUCGAGAGUCAUUCAAACGAUCACGAGGGGCAAUUUUUUCCAAUUGGUGAACCCCAAGAUCAAGCCCAAGAUGUUUCUCCUCUGCAUGGAUUUUUCCCCCGAGUCUAUUUUUGCUUUGGAGUGGGCGUUGGGUACCGUUUUAGUCGACGGGUCGGUCUUAUUCAUCACCUGCGUGAUUGAAGACACAGACACGAACCAUCAUCUCAAGGGAAACGCCCAGAAUGAAAAUGCGCGCGAGCAGCAGCGACUUGCCAUGCUAAACAAGGCCAAGCAGCAGGUGCUCAAUUUGUUGAAGUUGACAAAGUUGCAGAUACACAUUGUGAUUGAGAUUGUUCACCACCCUAUACCAAGACAUUUAAUUCUUGAAUUUAUCGACAAUUUGCAUCCAACUUUAGUGGUUGUUGGCUCAAAGGGUCAAAGUGCGAUCAAGGGCGUCCUACUUGGGUCGCUCUCGAACUACUUGGUCACCAAAUCAACCGUACCGGUUAUGGUUGUGCGUGAAAAGUUGAAAAAGAUCAACAGGUUCAAGACGGGCUCCUCCUUGUUUUCCAACAACAUUAAACCAUUGACUUUAUCAGAGGCCAGAAUAGAUUGA